AUUGUGGAAAAGAAGAUGUGGCCCAAACCUUCCCACAUGAUCGGACAGUUGGACUGGAGGUUCCAGAUCUAACGUUAUAUCGCCAUCCUCGCGUCUGAGUCUGUUGAAAAGCGCAAUGACAACGCAAUUCAAGAGCGGACCUGCUUUUGGACUGUCUGCGGAGGUCAAGAGUAAGCUGGCCCACAAAUAUGACCCACAAAAGGAAGAGGAGCUAAGAAUGUGGAUCAAUGAGGUCACAGGCCGCAAACUUCCCGAGAACUUCAUGGAGGGCCUGAAAGACGGAGUUGUACUCUGCGAGCUUAUCAACACCCUUCAGCCCGGUUCUAUAAGAAAGAUCAACAACUCUCCUCAAAACUGGCAUCAGCUGGAAAAUAUUGGUAAUUUCGUCCGAGCCAUUCAAGAGUAUGGACUGAAGCCACAUGAUAUAUUUGAGGCCAACGACCUGUUUGAGAAUGUCAACCACACUCAGGUCCAGUGCUCACUUAUUACACUGGCUGGGAUGGCAAAAUCUAAAGGCUUCCAUUCAAAAUGCGACGUUGGAGUGAAAUAUGCAGAGAAACAACAACGCAAAUUUGCUCCUGAGAAACUUAAGGAGGGACGCAAUAUUAUUGGUCUGCAGAUGGGCACCAAUAAGUUUGCCAGUCAAAAGGGCAUGACAUCUUACGGCACACGGCGUCACCUCUAUGACCCAAAGACUGGUAUGGAGAAUCCUCUGGACCAAUCAACAAUCAGCCUGCAGAUGGGCACCAACAAAGGAGCCAGUCAGUCCGGCAUGACGGCCCCCGGCACCAAGCGCCAGAUCUUCGAUAAGAAGCUGGACAUGGAGAUGUGUGACACCUCUACCGUCUCGCUGCAGAUGGGCACCAAUAAAGUGGCGUCCCAGACCGGCAUGACAGUGUACGGUCUGCCGCGUCAGGUGUACGACAGCAAGUACUGCUCCAGCCCUAAUGAGCUCAUCAACAACGGCCAGGACUCAGAGAUGGAUGGAUAUCAGUAUUCUGACUAGGAUGAACAGACAGCUGCCAGCACACUGCUUUUCAAAAUUCACCUGCACUAUUUUUAUAUUCCAAAUUCAUGUCGACCAGUAGGACCAGCUUGAACUGUUUCCUGACAUCACAGCCACCGAUCAAAGCUGAGAGCUUCAGUGACUGACCGUUCGUAGAAAACAAACUUUUUGUCUUUUAUACACAGGCUUUACAUGCUUCUCACUUAUGUAGUUUUAUUAUUAUUAUUUUUUCAGUUUUAUUUGAUUUUAUUAUUAUUAUUGAGCGUGCCAUUCUCCCAUCUCCUGCAUGGCCCAGUUUUCUUAUAUGAAAAAAUAAUGCAGAUGAUAAAUGUGGAGAUAUUAUUUAUGAUGCCUCAUAGUUACAUAAACAGGUAAUAGGUACUAGUCAACAGUUUAGAAUCAUGAACAAUGAAAUAUUAUUACAAUUCUAAAUAACUGUUUUCUGUUUGAAUAUAUUGUAGAAUGCUAUUUUUUUUUUUUGUGAUGCAAAGCUGAAUUUUCAGCUUCAUUACUCCAGUCUUCAGUGUCACACGAUCCUUCAGAAAUCAGACUAAUAUGCUAAUUUGCUGCUUAGUUAUUAUUGGUGCUCAAUUGUUAUUAAUGGUUCUUAUUAUUAUCAUGUUUUUGCUGCUUAAUAUUUUUGUGGAAACUGUGAUACAUUUAUUUGAAAUAGAAAUAUUUUAUAGCAUUAUAAAUGUCUUUACAGUCACUUUUGAUCAAUUUAACGUAUCAUUUCUAGAAAAAAAAUUAUAUAUAUUUUUUAAAUUGUACCUUACAUUUUUGAAUGGCAGUGUAUUGUUAAAAAAAAAAUUGUUAUAAAAGCAACAAAAACUCAACAUUGAUAAUAAAAAUAAAUGCUUCUUGAGCAGCAAAUCAGCAUAUUAGACUGAUUUCUGAAGAAUCAUGACACUGAAGACUGUAUGUAGUAAUUAUGCUGAAAAUACAGCUUUGAUCAUAUUACAUUUUAAAAUGUAUAACAAUAGAAAACUGUGAUUUGCAAUUGUAAUAAUAUUUCACAAUAUUACUGUUUACAGUAGUUUUGAUCAAAUAAAUGCAGCAUUGAUGAGCAAGAGACUUCCUAAAAAAAAAAAAAAAGGUUUAAAAAUAUCUGUUAUUCCAAACUUCUGCCCCAUAGUGUAUUUUCAGUGGAUUUGGUCACACCAGCAGCUUUUAAAAGGUUCCGUGAUGCUCUUUUGAUUGGAUGAAGGAAAAGGAAAUCCACCAGAGACGCCCCACUACUCUCAAUUUCCUGAAGAAACCCAAAUGAACUUAACUACUGCAUCAGAGAGACUGUCUGGAUUUUUUUAAAUACAUGUUGUCAUUCAGCUAUAAGCUUCAAAACAACAUUUAAAUACUGUCGAAUAAUAAUGUCAAUUUUGCAUAAUUGUUUGAAAGGGUGUAAACCCUGCUCCAGCACACCUGCUUGUAUUUCUCAAGCAAUUCUGAUUCGCUAAUUCAAAAGUGUUAAAUAGAGUUGCAGGAACUUGAAAUUGAGUUUGAGACUCCUGCCCUAAACGCUGAUUCACUGACAGGAACGAGGAUGUUGAUCCAGGGCAUGUCCUCACGUCCUGCUGGGGUAAACACAGUAAGCUUCUUCAUUCAUCAUAAAACGUGCAUGUGGAGUCAUUGCUAAGACAAUGAGAAAACCAAAAUGAAAGCGAGAGGAAGCUCAAAUCUCAAGGUCUCAGUGUAUGAAGUGAGAAGUACAUGUCUUUUGUAGUGCAGAAUAGUAUUUCAUCAAGCUACAGAUCGCCCACAAAGCAGUUUAUCUACAUUAUUUUAAUGAAGUAUGACUGUUGAAAGACAUUUUGAUAAUUAAGCUAGUAUAAUAACUGUUUAUAGGGAGGAUUUGGGGCAGCCUGGCCAAAAAUAUUUUAAAACUUUUUUUUUUUUUUUUUGGAUUCAGUUUAUCCUUUAUAAAAGGAAAGAGACAAAGAGAGUAGAUGGACAAGUACAGAACAAACUACUGUUAGUUUUUUUUCAAUACCUAAUCGUACUGUGAAAAAUCGUGUGACCCAAAACUGCAUGACUUAAAUUGUAAUGUAACUUUUUUUAUUUUUUAGAAAAAUGACUCAAUACCCAAUAGCUAUAUAGAAAUUAUUUAGUAAACUUGCAUAUAUGAGUGUCACCGCUUUUAGCCUGCCAAACCUGAUACUCAAUUAUGAAAGUGAAAUUAUGCAACAGUACAACAGGCAAGACUUACAUAUAAAAUAAGUUUUAAUGUGCAGAGUUAAUAUAUUUAGCUAUUUAAAUAAAAUAAAAAAAAGUUUAGACAUGACUAGAUCUCACCCUCUUGUAAUUCAAUUGUUGAUAUUACAGUCUUUCAUAUUUCAUUUCUAUAUCAGUGUGUUAAGGAUUGACAUUGUUUUGCAUUACCGCUGGAAACAGUUGAACACAAGAUCAUAAAACGGUGAAUUACUUUUGUUUCUCACAUAACGUGAUGUAGCGUGUCCCUCUUGCAUUAAUGCUUCUAAUGUCUUUAUUUAUAAGGCUUACCAAAAAAGGCUGAGCAAGUGAAAACUAAUAAAUCACUAUUUUCAAAUUA